AUGCGAACUGCAGGACGAAUGGAGGACUGGGUGCAUCGCCAUGAUGAACGGUGGGCUGCCCUUGUUGAACAGCACGUAGCUCCAGUGGAUGUAGAAACUGAUGAAGAAGUGGUGGCCAGAGACAAUGGUUCUUUCAAUGACGGCUGUCAGUUGCUGUGGGAACACCUGAAAAAGCAUCGUUCCAUUGACAAAAUCCUCGAAAAGGAUGGAGGAAUGGAAUCGCAGUUCUUUGACUGGUUGUUGAAGGAAUUCGGAAACCUAACUUGGUUGAAGAUCGUCUCUUCUUACAACAAAGGGCCAAAUUUCACUGCAUACGGUGGAUUCCCAUUUCCCCCAACCUGGUCUGGCUGGUCAAGCAAUGACUCGAUGGUCAUGCGAUGGACUGAUGGAACCAAACGUUACUCCCGGGACCUUGUUCUGACCAACAAGGAUGUCAUUUACGUGGUGUGGAACAAGAUCAUUUCGACACCCCAUUGUCUGGAAGAAUUCUGUCAUGCUAGUGCUGUGACGGGAGGCCGCUGGACAGUCUCGAUGAUCAAGGAACGAUUCAAUAACUGCUUUGGAGCAGACACUCUCGGAAAGGGUAAAUGGAUCCCUUUCGCGGACCACAAGGCGAAGCUUCAGGAAGAAAUCAACAACAUCCCCAUUCCCGAUUUUGAUAUGGGAGCUGGUGCUAGAACUCAACUUGAUUUGAACAAUAUCCAAACCGGACCUGUGAGUCCAGUCAGUCUGUUGGGCAAUGGCGGAAUCAGUGGAAGUGAAGACUUGGACACCCAGCCUCGAGUUGCACGCAAGAGACCACCAGUUCUUCGACCUGUAAGGACAAACUUGAAGAGAGACUUCGACAAGGUUCAAGAUGUUGCCAAUGAAAAGGAAGAUGACCGGAAGCCUGCAGCAAAAAGGAGCAAAAAAGAUAGUGCUUAA